AUGGCGAUGAACUUUGUGACCUUCAACCAGGACUACAGCUACCUGGCUGUGGCCACGUCUAGAGGCUUCCGCAUCUUCACGACCGAUCCCUUCGCCAAGAGCUAUGAAACAAAGGAAGGCAACAUUGCGGUUAUUGAGAUGCUCUUCUCAACCUCCCUAGUUGCGUUGAUUCUCUCUCCGCGACGACUUCAGAUCACGAACACCAAGCGUCAAAGCACAAUAUGUGAACUCACAUUUCCAACGACGGUGCUUUCUGUGAAGUUGAAUCGGAAGCGUUUAGUGAUCGUGCUCGAGGACCAGAUCUACCUCUACGACAUUCAAACAAUGGGCCUCCUUUCCACAAUCGAUACUUCGCCCAAUCCGCACGCGAUCUGUGCCCUGGCGCCCUCGUCGGAUAAUUGUUACAUGGCAUACCCACUUCCUCAAAAGGCUUCCACGACAGCUAAGCAACCGGCCCACGCUCCCCCAGGAGCGUCGCAUGUCUCGCCAACCACUGGGGACGUCCUCAUAUUUGAUGCGUCCAAGCUAGAAGCGAUUAAUGUCAUCGAAGCCCAUCGCUCACCACUGGCCUGUAUCACAUUGAAUAGUGAUGGCACACUACUUGCGACUGCCUCUGACAAGGGCACUAUCAUCCGUGUCUUCUCCGUCCCCGAUGGUCGCAAACUUUAUCAGUUCCGGCGCGGGUCUAUGCCUUCCCGGAUCUACAGCAUGUCUUUUAACACCACUUCAACCUUGCUCUGCGUCUCAUCCUCCACCGAGACAAUCCAUUUGUUCAGACUAACCCAGCAGGGACCUACUUCAGAUGCCUCAUCUGCCCACUCGCCAGUUGGCCGUGACUCGCAAUCCGCCAGCAGCCUCUAUGGACAGCAUGACGAGGAUGAGCACGGUGGUGAGACGGGUGCCGAUCUGGAAAACAGAAAGCACAACGGCACAUUGAUGGGCAUGAUCCGGCGGACUUCACAGAAUGUUGGCGGUGCUGUUGCUGCCAAGAUGGGAGGUUACCUGCCCAAGGGUGUGAGUGAGAUGUGGGAGCCCGCACGCGACUUUGCCUGGUUCAAGCUUCCUCGCUCAGCUCAAAGUACUGGUAACGUCGGUAACAAUGGACCGCUGAGGAGUGUUGUUGCCAUGAGCAGCAACACGCCGCAGGUGAUGGUUGUCACCAGCGAUGGGAAUUUCUACGUCUUCAACAUUGAUUUGUCCAAGGGGGGGGAGGGAACGCUCACCAAGCAGUACUCUGUGAUCGAUUCUGUUGACAAACUAGGCCAUCCAUCAAUGGAUUACUGA